GCUGGCCGCAUGCUAAGCUCAGUCUAGUGCUGUAUCCGUGAGCGGCAAGGACACGCGAGCAGUGCCUGCGAACAGUUCCAAAAAGUGACUAACAAAAUUUAGAUAGCUGCAAACUGAAAUUUAUGACUCUGCUCUGUUCAAAUUGAACAUUCAAUUUAAAUGCAAGCUGCAUCAAACUGUAGUGCUUCAACUGUGAAAACAAACCGAAGAGCAAAAUAAAUUAAAAUCCAAAGAAAACAAACAAAAAGCAACGAACGCUGCAGCAAGCCAAAACAAACCGAAAAGCAAAACAAAAGCGUAAAGCGCAAAACGAAAUUUAAACGUCUGUAUAUUAAUCAGUGGCUGUCGCUCCGUGGACAGCCUCAGCUUCGAGCUUCGCUCUUCAAGCCUUAAGCUUCCUGCUGGACACCAGGACAACUUAUCACCGAGGAUUUGGAAGCGGCGAGUGCGAAGCCGCUUAGAGGCGAGGGACGUCGCUGCGCUGGCCCCCAAAGGAAAACGCUAAUCAACGGCCACAGCGACCAGACGACAAACACAGCUUCUGCUACUGGCCACGCCCCCUUCAGCUGUACCAGCAGCAGCAGCUAGAAGAAGCAGCCCAAACAUCGCCUCAUUUGGCCACUGCGGAUUAUGUUAAUUAGAUUUUAAGCACGCGAUGAUGCCAGGGGAACAAUCAACGUUGUAAUGCGACAACAGACAACUGCAACAACAACAAUAACAACAGCAACAAAAGCUAAGCCAACGAUGCGCGAUUUUUAAUUGACAUUUGUUGAAGUUGAGCAGCGUUUUGUGCAGCAAUUAGCCAAAAAAAAAAAAAAAAAACACCGAGGUGAAACAGGUGAAACGUGAAAGUGUAAAAGGGCGUACGUAAGGGGAGAGAGAGCAAAGCGAAAAAAUUGAAAAAGCUGAUGGCCAAGUGGAUAUUUAAUUAAAAAUUCAGCAUAUUUAGCAGUCAGCGCUGAAAAGUAGGCAACGAUUUUUCCAUUUUCUUUGGGGCUCUCCCGCUUUUGCCCUGAAACAAUGGCCGUGGCGCCGCACCGGAAGUCCAUGCGUACGGCAAAGCUGUCAAACCGUUGACAGUUGUCACAUGGUCCAGCACGUGACGAACAAGCCAAAGGACGACAGAGAAAGCCGAGAAAUAGGCGCCCUGCUACGCGGCGCUAAACGUUCGCACGUACAGCGCAUAAAUUUCAAGUGAAAUUAAAGGCCGGCCCUCACAGAAGGAGAGAGGGAGAGAGAGAGAGAGAAGAGGGAGAAAACUGGAAAACGAGCAUAAAAAGAGAAGGGAAACUAGCGCCAAAUAAACGAGGCGGCCUUCUAAGCAACAGCCACGCCCACACUCACAGCCCACCCAGAAAGAUGCUGCUCGGGCUGUGGCUCUGCUUGGCCCUGCUGCUGUGCAGCGCCCAGGCAUUAUCCUUGACGAAUGCUGCCGCCGAGCAGGAGGAGCGCAAGCUGUCGCUGGCGCAGCAUCUCAGCUUUCAAGGCGUGCGCCGCAUGCUGCGCGAUGAGCACGCCCCGGCCCACUAUAAGGCCGAGCUGCGCUACCAGCACAAGCGCGAGACGCAGCCGCGCGAGAAACGCGAAACGUCAGGGGCUGCGCUGCUGAAUCUGACGCGCCAGGGGCUCAGCGUCUACGAUAGCCAGCAGAACUUUCAGGGCCAGUUCGAGCUGGUGCAUCGCCUCGAUCUCAGUCACAAUCGGCUGAGCAGCCUGCAGCUGCAGAACUUCACGCAGCUGCAGCAGCUGCACGCCUGCAACAAUUCGCUGACGGCGCUGCCCGCUCUCAGCGCGUCGCUGGUCACACUGGAUCUCUCGGGCAACAGGCUGAGCCGGCUGUCGGGCAGCUUCUUCGAGCAGCGCAUGCCGCAGCUGAAGCAACUGAAUCUGGCGCACAAUCAGCUCGACGGCGCCAUCGAUCGCCAGGCAUUCUACAAUCUAAUGGGUCUGGAAACGCUGCUGCUCAGCUGGAACAACAUCACGGACAUCGACUACGAAACCUUCCUGGCGCUGCCCAAUCUGCAGCAUCUGGAUCUAUCGCACAAUCGGCUGAGCGGCUCAGCCAUACGCGCUCUCCAGGGCAUACCCGAUCUGGUUAGCCUAUCGAUUGCCCACAAUCCGCAGGUGGGCGCCGCCAUGCAGGAGUUCGUCGCCUCCUGGAGCCUCAAGGAGCUGGACGCCAGCGGCACGGGCCUCUGCCAGGUGCCCGCCGCCCUGGCCCAAUCCGUGCGCACGCUCAAGCUGUCGCACAACUGGCUGCAGUCCAUCAACUGCGGCGACCUGGACAGCUAUCCGCUGCUGCAGUACCUGGAUCUGUCGUACUCGCACGUGGCACAGCUGGAGGACGAUGCACUGGGUCGGCUGGAGCUGCUCGAGCUGCUGUUCCUCGAUCACAAUAGCCUGAUGCAUGUGCCGAACAGUCUGCCCACCUCGCUGGAGCAUCUGUUUCUGCAGCACAACAGCAUCAUGGAGCUGCAGCCGCAGGCAUUCGCUGGCCUCAAGAAUCUGAAGACCCUGGAUCUGUCCAAUAAUCGCUUGAUGUUCCUGCCGGCACUGCCACUGCCCCAGCUGCUCACGCUCAAUCUGCAGUCGGCGGGCAUUGAGUCCGUUAGCCAGGCGAUUGUGCACACGCUGCCCCAGCUGCGCGAUCUCCUGCUGGAGGACAAUCCCGUGCGGUGCAGCGAUUUGCUGGGCAUUGCCGAAUGGGCCAGUCCCUGUCGCAGUGUCGAUUUGGGCCGCACCAUGGGCCGUAUCGAUCUGAAGCGACGCUACGUGCAGCUGGCCAACUUUUACGAGAGCUUCAGCCCAGCGUGCGCGGGCGUGGCAAAUGAACUGGCCACCAGAGACGAGGAGGCUGUGCAGCAGCUGGCCAAAUCAAUGCCGCCCACUUGCGGCAUAGCAGCGACAACAACAAUGCCAGCAACGAUGCCAAAAGUGCACAAGUCAAAGGCAGCAGCAACAACAGCAGCAACAGCAGCAGCAACAACAGCAACAGCAGCUCACCCAAAUGCAAUGCAAUCAAGCGGCAACAACAUCGCGCUGCUAACCACAAAAACUUUAGGGCCAGCUGAAACGACUUCGUUAGCUCAACUGCAGCGCCAACAAAUGCCUGGCAUGCCAACAGAAAUAAUAACAACAACAGCAGCAGCAGCAACAACAGCAGCAACAGCCACAGCCUUUGGCGUGCCAAGUUUGCAGCGCGCUGCCAAACGCACAAGCAUUUUGGCAAGCAGCUCACCGACGUCGCCAGCAACAACAACAGCAGCGACAGCAGCAGAGCGAGCGCCGGCCAGACUGGGCAAGCCAACAAAAAUUAGCAAUGUUGCUGCGGUGCCACAAACAAUUUUGGCGCUUAUAAGCUCUGACAUGGCAAACAAACAAAAACUGGCCAAGAGUGUAUUAAAAGAGACAGCAACAGCAGCAACUACAACAUCAACAUCAGCAACUACAACAACAACCAUUGCUCAGGAGGCAAAGCCGAUGCAUAAACAUGCCACGCUGCAGCUGCAUAUUAAAGAUCGUCAUCUAAUUGGAACGCCGCUGCUGAUGCACAAGGGCGACAACCUGCUGAUAGAUGCGGAGCAAUUGCUGCUGCCCGGAACGGCAACUGUGGCGGAUGCGGAAACAUUGGCUGCCAGCCAGCAGCAGGAAGCGACUGAUAAGCGACAAGCGGAAGCAAUAAAGGGCGACACAAAGGCGACUGGAGCUCAUGCCGAGCAGCAGCAGCAGCAGCAGCAGCAUCAGCAGCAGCAGCAGCUGGAGCUGGAGCAUGCCAAGCUGAAGAAGAAGCAGAAACCGUCGCUGAGCAUCAAGAAGAUGACCUACAGCACCAAGCAUGCAGCAGCAACAACAACAACAACAACUGAAGCAACAACAGCAACAUCCACGCGGCCACAGCAUCAACACAGCAGCGUCAACACGCCGAAUGCAUUUAAACAGGAGCUGAGCACAUUCGCCCAGCUGAAGGCGUUUGUAGAGCUCAAGACGGAAGCCUCCAAGUCCGCCCAGCUGCUGGCCACGCGCCUCCACCCACAGCAGAGCCUGAAUGGCAGCCAUCCCGGCCUGAUGCUGCUGCUCGUCUGCAUCCUGGUGAUUGUCCUGCUCGCCGGCCUCGCGCACGUCUAUCGCUGCGAGCUGCCCUGGCAGCGUGGACCGCGCGCCGGACACCAGCGACCGCAUCACCAGCGCCAGCUCAAUGAGAACGACGAUGUGCACAGCUUUCUGCAUUAUCAGGGCUCCGGCCAGACGGAUCCGGCACGUUUGAGCGCCUGGCAUCACAGCACCAGGCGCGAGGCGCCCUACAGCUCCCCGCUGCACAAUCUGCAGGCACGUGAGCUGCAGCGCGAGCAACAGAAGCUGCAGUUCUACAGCGCUUCUCUAGCGGACAGCUCCGCCAGUGGCAGUGGCAGUGGCAGCGGUUGCUCCUCCGGCAGCAGUCGCAGCAGUCUGCAUUCGCCCAGCAACGAGGACAGCUACUACAUAGAGAUGGCGCCCAGCAGUCCCAUGGCUGCGGCCGGCGGCAUGCCCCAUCUGCCCAUGGAGCUGCUGGGCAACAGCAACAGGAGCAGCAGCAGCAGCAGCACACAUAGAGCUGCAGCUGCUGCCCCACAGCUGAGCAGUGGCCAGAUGUCGACGUCGACGUCAGCGUCAACGCUGCGCUCGAUGAGCAGCAAGCUGAUGGCGCCCAGCACACGCCGGCUGGGCAUCUGGUGACAAACCGUUUUUGGACAGCGACAAUACGCAACACUCCAGUGAAUCAAGGGCAAAUAAACAAACAUAAACACACACACCAAACACAUAUAUACAACUAUAUAUAUAUAUAUAUAUAGAAAACAUUCUGCAUAGUUUUAAGCCACAGCCCGCAGCCCGCAGCUAACGGGCCAAAAUGAGUCAUAAACCAAAGAGGAAGCAGCAGCAUAGAAAAAGAUAUAUACACAUACAUCUUUAUAUACAUAUACUGGGUACAUAUAUUUAUUUAUAUAUAUAUCUAUGUACAUACAUAUAUAUUUAUGUUUGCCGAGUCUCGUUUGAUAUAUGGCUCAUCGUGGCCACACACGUGGCAGGCAUCUUAGUGUCUAGGUUAGCAGCAACAAUUUGUCAUAAAGUUUCGUUACGUAUACGCCGCGUGGAGCGGCCAGCAGCCAAAUAGCCAAGAGCAGCCAAAUAGCCACCGCCAGCUACAUUUUAUGGGCCAUCAGGCAACACCCACCUCACCAGCCCCAGUCCCUGCCCCCUCACUCCGUCGACCAUUCGCAACACGGCCCUCGAUUUGAUGUCCAUCUUGUGGUUGUAUUUGGGUCAGUUUACACCAGGGCUAAAGCCCCAAGUUGAGUAUCUGUGUGAGCUUAAGUGUGUGUCUGUGUGUGCGUGUGUGUGUGUGUUGGUCAGUUAACUUUAUAUGUGUGCAUAAGUGGCUGUCCGUGGGCCAAGAUUAAGUGCUUUGAUAGUCAUGCAUAUAAAAAUGAAAUAUAUCGAUAAAGUAUUAAAUAACAAUUUAGUUUAUGGCCAAAAGUCAGCAGCUAAAGGCUCGAGCCGUUCCAAUCGGCCAUAACGAGCUCCGCCAAAAGGAAAAGUCUCAAUUUGCUGGUGCUGUUAAUUGUGAGCAGAUGUCCAGAUCAAGCGGCAAUUUCCAUAAUUUCACCAAGGACAUUUUUAUGUGCUUUGAAUACCCCCAUUUGUAAUGCGAGGAGGAGCUCGGAAGUAGGGAAGAUUCUCCAUAUGUUCUCUUUAGGUUCUCUUUACAAAUUUAUACAGAUUUUUUUUUGGUUUUUAACAUUUUAAUAUCUUAUAGAUACUUUCUUCAUGUCUGUUGUACUCUUUAAUUUUGAAAUAAUUUUCAUGCUUUUCAAAUAAAUAUUUGUGCUACAAGGCAAAAAUAUUCUUUAAAUUCCCACAGCUUUUUUACAGCACCAAACUCGUGUUCAUAGAUACUUUUUCAAUCCCUGAGAUACUUAAUCAUUUUGAGAUACUUUUAAUAUACUCUUACUCUUUUGAUAUAUCAUUAACAUGAUGUAGCAUUGAAAACAAUGAAACUACUUUUCAUAAAUAUAUAUUUAUAUAUCUAACAGAUACGUGUUUUUACCAGCAUAAACUAUCAAACUUAUAGAUAUUUUUCAUAUUUAUGAGAUGGUUAUUUGUACUGUACUGUACUGUAAGUACUCUGAGAGUCACAGUAUAUUCCAUUCGUAUAUUCUUAAAAGCAAAAAAUCUCCUUCAAAUUCACAAUAAAAAUCCUAGUUUAUCCUACAGAUACUUUUGUACGCACUUUUUGAGAUACUUUUCAAUAUUAUUUAAAAUAUUAAUAUAAUACUAAAAACGAAGUAAUUCUUAUAAAAACAUUAAUUACUUUUCUUAAACAUUUAUAAAUCUCACAGAUGCUUUUUUAUCAAAUUGGCAGAAACUUCUCAUAUAUAUGAGAUAUUUAUUUAUACCACAAGAUGCUCUAAAGCAGCAGUUUAAAUUUGUACAGUUUCAUUCAAUAAAACUAUUCUUAGUCGUCUCUCAGAUACUUUUACUAUACCUUCAGAUACUUUCAUAUAAAUCUUGGAAUUUUGAUUUACUUUAUAUCUAGGAAAUAAAAUCCUGAAGAGGUGAAGCAAACAUUUAUUAAACUUUAAGAGACGCAACUCUUCACUCCUUCAUGCUGUGGCAUUCCUUCGUGCUGGCACUUGAGAACUACUAGCUAAGGCUCUGACUAGUGGAGCAUGCGGACUAAGUAAUUACAAAAUGUUGGCCAUCCAAGCGGAUGGGGGAAAGUGUAAAACGCAUUUGGCUCUCACUCGAAAUAAAACUCUUGAUAGAUUUUCAUCUUCAGGCAGCGACGCUCAUUGCUAAUGGACUUUAAAAGUCAACUGCUUCAGCAGAUCUUUAACCCACUUUGAGCAAUUUAAUUAAAAUUUCGACUCGACGUGGCUUGGCUCGUCUGGGCUGGACUUGAGCCUUGAGCAACAAGCACACUUGGUUUAGAAAGAGAACUCCUUUAGGAUAUAUUUGAUUUCUGUUUUGUAUUGACACCCUUAAGGGCUGACCGGGCAAUUGCUUUGUACAACCUCGUGCGGCACCCCAUUUACUGUUAUUUGGCACUUGUCGAUUCAGUCGACAGCCGCCCUCUUAGCCUCAAUUUAUAAAUUGACCAAGAGAGCAUAUGGUGUAAAUCCAGCCAAAUGGG